CGCCCUACGGGCUGUGACUGGGGCAGGUGCAUUGCUGAGCGGUUGAGGAAUGACCACGAGCAUAGGUAAUCGAACCGCUGGGUAAACAGGGAGCAGUAGAGCCGAUGGGUGAUCUGAAAGACUUCAUAAGAACCCCGUGGAAGAGACAAACCCUGAAUGAGCAGUUAACGAGCCCGUACUUGUAGCUAUGCGGCUGAGAUCAGGCCCAGGUGAUGGUCGCCAUUUUUAUAGAGCAACGAGGAAGGUGCGCAUGCGCGACCAUAAUUAUGUGCGGCAUUGCACAGCAGUGCGCAUGCGCGGCGAUCCUGGAUCCGGAAGACAGAAUGUUCUGAAUUUCAAUCCUGGUCUAACAGUGAUAACUUCUGUAAACCCCUUUACAAGGGGUUAGGAGGGGAGGCGUUCCAGACGGGAAACUCAAAACAAACAUCAUGUCACAUGUUCUGGUGAAGAGUCAUACGGACUCGAAACGUUAACUGUGCUCCUCUCCGCAGAUGCUGUCAGAUUUGCUGAGUUUUUCCAGGUAUUUUUAUUUUUGUUUUGGAUUUCCAGCAUCCACAGUUUUUUGCUUUUAUCAUGUCAAGAUCUGACAAUCACUCAGUUCACCAGGACCUGAAUAUCAUCAGUCUUUGAAUGUGGAAGGUGAAAUGUUUGCUCUGUGGGAGAAGAUUUCAAACAUCAGUGACUGGAAAAGCACCAAGACACACACACCUGAGGGAGAGUGUUCCAGUAUACUGGCUGUGGAAAGAGCUUUAACCAAUUUCACAGCCUGAAAAACAUAUUGAACCAUUCACUUUGGGGAGACACUGUACAAAGGUUCUGGUGGUUGAGGCUUCCACUGAUCAUCUAGCCUGGAGAGAUGCAUGGACACUGCACCAUGGAGAAACCAUUGAAAUGUGGGGACUGUGGGAAAGGAUUCACUUUCCCAUCCCAGCUGGAAACUCAUCAACGCACCCACACUGGGGUGAGGCCAUUCACCUGCUCUGUCUGUUGGAAGGGAUUUACUCGCUCAUCCAACCUAGCAUUACACCAGCGGGUUCACACUGGUGAAAGGCCUUUUACCUGCUCCGUGUGUGGGAAGGGAUUCAUUAAUUCAUCCAACCUCGUGUCACACCAGCGAGUUCACACUGAGAAGAAACCAUUCAGCUGCACUUCCUGUGGAAUGAGCUUCAGACUUUCAUCCACCCUGCAGCAACACCAGCGAAUUCACACUGGGGAGAAACCAUUCAGCUGUACUGACUGUGAAAAGAGCUUCAGGCAUUCUAGCAGCUUCAUUGUACACCAGCGAGUUCACACCGGGAAGAGGCCGUUCACCUGCUCCAUGUGUGGGAAAGGGUUCACUCAGUCAUCCAAUCUAGCAUUACACCAGCGAGUUCACACUGGGGAGAGACCGUUCACCUGCUCCAUUUGUGGGAAGGGAUUCACUGAUUCAUGCCAAUUGCUGAGACACGAACGAGUUCACACUGGGGAGAGGCUGUUUACCUGCUCAGAGUGUGGGAAGGGAUUUCCUGAUUCAUCCCAAUUGCUGAGACACGAGCGAAUUCACAAGUCACUGCAGGGGUUGGGUUCUGCUGUUAUGGAUGCUGUUAAUUACAACCAGGCCUGAAUUAUGAUCAUACUGAUUGGUCAGGCUUGUUUCUUCUGAUAAUUACAGGGAUUAUUAAUAUUCUGGAUCUAUAGCUGAUGGUGUUUUCAGGGCUGCGGUGUCCCUUUAAGAACCACUGUCUGUGAUCCUUCCCCAUAAUUCAGGAACUCUCUUCAAAAAUUAGUUUACAACAAGAUCAUGAACUUUUACUUCAAUCCUAAAUUAAUCUUUGGUACGAACUCUACAAUUUAGUGUCUGAAAGGUCCACUGAUUAACAUUUCUGAUUAGAAAGUGCUGAUUAAUCCUUGUUGACAAUUCUUACUGACUUGCACUUUACAAACAGUGACACAUCCAUUAUCCACCAGAAAGAAGGGGAAUGGGAUUUGGUGGAGAAUCGAGAGUCCCCAAAUGUUACCCCUCCAUCUGGUACAAGUCAAAGUAACAAGCCAAGUAACAGACUGUAAGAAAUUGCCAUCUAAUAACCUUAGAAAAUCUUCAGAAAUUUAUGGACUAUUAUAAAAAUAGCUCACUCUCUUUCUCUCAUGAAGAAAGCUUCCAUAGCAGCUUGCUGGCUAACAACACAGGACAGGCCUAUUAUCUCUGCUGAGGUCAUGCCUCUAGCACGGGCCCUGAAACAAGACAUUUCUCACCCUCAUACGAUUGGAUAUCGUGACCUAUACGUAAACCAAGUGCCUGUGUAAAGGUUAAAACAGGUUCUCGAGACCAAAAAAAGAUUUCUAAGUGAUCCAUACUGGCUUCGCCCCGAUACCCACACUCUGGCCAUUCAGAGGAGACUGCCACCACCAGCUACGGAGAUUGACGUUCACUUGCAUCAUUCGUCCGUUUAUCCUCCGGGACCGGUAAACCGUUCUCAUCUGUCGCGGCUCAUAUGCUUUUCCUGUCUAUUUAACUCCUGCAUCAUUUUACAACUCUUGCUUCUCAAUAAACUACUUUAAAAUCA